GGCGCAUGCGCAGUGCCAGCAGCUUAGGUGGGAGCAGUCGGAUAGCAACGGAAAGCCCAGCAACAGAAACAACGGCACGGCGGUGAAAGGGGACAGCGCUCACCUCAAUCUUUCUCUUAGGUGGUCAAACCCCGGCUGGUUAUCAAUCAUUAAACACCAACGUAAAGUAAGCACAGCAGGAGGAUGGCGGUGAAUGUCUACUCCACUUCCAUGACUGCGGACAACCUGAGCCGCCAUGACAUGCUGGCCUGGGUCAACGACUCCCUGCAGCUCACCUACACAAAGAUCGAGCAGCUCUGCUCAGGCGCUGCUUACUGCCAGUUCAUGGACAUGCUGUUUCCGGGCUGCAUAUUGUUGAAAAAGGUCAAGUUCAAUGCCAAGCUGGAGCACGAGUACAUUCACAACUUUAAGGUUUUACAGGCUGCGUUCAAGAGGAUGAAUGUGGACAAGAUCAUUCCUGUGGAGAGGCUGGUGAAGGGAAAGUUUCAGGACAACUUUGAGUUCCUCCAGUGGUUCAAGAGGUUUUUCGACGCCAACUACGACGGGAAAGAGUACGACCCGCUACUGAUGAGGCAGGGCCAGGAGGGAACGCCGCCGCCGCCUAACCCAGUCCCCAUGAGAACGUCUCCCACAGCACCGAAGACCGUCCCCGUCCCCCAGAGACAGAUCAACCCACCAGCAGCCCGCAGAAACAACCCAGUGACCCGCAACGGGGGAGACGCAGAACUCAUAGAGCUAAACCAGCAGAUACUGGACAUGAAGCUGACCAUCGACGGGCUGGAGAAGGAGAGAGACUUCUACUUCGGCAAACUGAGAGACAUUGAGCUCAUCUGUCAGGAAAACGAAAGUGACUCCAACAACCCGGUUCUCGGCAAAAUCAUCGACAUACUGUACGCUACAGAGGAAGGAUUCGCGCCUCCAGAAGACGAAGAAAUUGAUGAAGGACGAGAUCAGCAGGAGUUCUGAAAUCCUCCUCCUUUUUUUCCGCCUCCAUCUGCCACCUGUCAUACUUUAAUCAGACCAUCAAGUCUUUUUUUGCCUGGUUUUAUCCCCAUAAGUUCAUUCUUAAACUCUCUGACUUCCUCCAUCUCAUUCACGGCUUCACAUGUCCAUGACGACUUUGUUGGACCGGCUAGCUUCCCCCAGACUUUGACUUGCAAAGGACGCUCACCCAGAUGCGUCUGGACCGGCCCGGCCCGACUUGGCUCGACUGACUAACUCUAACCUGCUUCCAGAGGAGGGCAGACGCCCGGCACGGUGAGUCACGUUCAGAGUCACAACGGGAUUUUAAAGCGCUUUCCUGGAGACAAGCCGCUUCCUUUGCACCAAGAGUUCAUACACAAAACACUACCAAGUUUUACAAGCAAUGUGAUUGUUUUCUUUACGAGCUGAGAUUAUCGAAAUAAGGCCUGCAAAAUGGAAAUAUUUUGAUUACAUGAUGACAAGUGAACGAUUAGACAUAUCAGACUGAACAGCACACAUGUACAUGCUUCAAGCGACUCAUCGCCCUGAGGGAAAACAUCGGGUUCAUCAUGAAACUGCUCUGACAGCUCGUUAGGUGACCACCGCAUGGUGUAUUUAUGUUUCUAUUUAUUUAUCUUUGUUAAUCUGCUCUGUACAGUUUCUGAAAAAAACAAACAAACAAACAGUGGUUUGGAUUUGGGGAGAUUGAAAGUCUUGCACUAAAUGUAGCGAAACAAGCCGAGCGAAAUGAUCCAAAAUGCCAACAUGCAGUGACUGGCUGCUGCCAGGAAGACACAGGAAGAUGCAAUUUUAUAUUUUGUAGAUUUGUUCUAAAGAAGUAUGUUUUGUUUUCUUUUUUAUUUGCAUUGAAUUCCUCAGUGGCCAAGUCAAAGGCGUCUUUUUAUUUAUCAAACAAAUAUCAGGCUAUAAAAUCUAUGAAUGAACAAACA